AUGCUCCGCCUCCAAAACCGCCUCAUUUACGCCCUCCGCGCCGCCUCCCAUGCCCCUGCCUCUACGCUCCACCUGUUCCACCUCUCCAACGCCGCCGCCACCGCCACCGCCGCACCCUCCGCCCAGUUCGUUGUCGAGGACUACCUCGUCGCCUCCUGCGGCCUCGCACCAGCGCAAGCGUGCAGGGCCUCCAAAUACCUUCGCCACCUCAAAUCACCUGCCAACCCCGACGCCGUCCGUGCAUUCCUUGCCGACGCAGGCAUCGCCGAGGCCGACAUCGCCUCGGCGAUUGCCUCGGACCCCCGGUUACUCUGCUCCAAAGUGGACAAAACCCUAGCCCCCCGCGUCGCCCAGCUCCGGGACAUGGGUCUCUCCCCUACCCAGAUCUCCCGCCUCGUUGCCAUGAUCGCGGGGAUCCUCUACAACCCCUCCAAAAUCACCCGCCUCGAGUUCUACAUCUCCUUGUUGGGCUCCUACGCCAGGGUGGAAACCGCCCUCAAAAGGUAUGGCUGGUUCCUCCUUAGCCAGGACAUCGAGAAUGUGGUCAAGCCGAACAUGGCGUUCCUGCAGCAGUGCGGACUAUCUCAGGAUGAUACUGCGGGGCUCUGUUUGCGCACGUACCAUCUGCUCACAAGCAAUUUAGAGCAUGUCAAGACAAUGGUGGCACGCGCUGAAAAGCUAGGCGUGAGAGGGGUGAGACCUUCCUCGGGGAUGUUCAAGAAAGCCUUGAUUGCGGUCUGUAGUCUUACUGCUGAGAAUGUUAUUGCCAGAACAGAGUUAUUGGAGAGGGCUCUUGGAUAUGCUGAGGCCAAGAUUGCUGUGUCCAAGUUGCCAAGCAUCCUUACUAUGUCAGAAGUCAAGCUGGCUCACAGGGUGGAGUUCCUGACGACGGAGUUUAGUUUGGAGCCUUUAUACAUCGCGCACAGGCCGGCCAUUCUCACCUACAGCUUGGAGAGGCGGCUGAUCCCACGGUAUUUUGUCAUACAUGUUCUGAAGGCGAAGGGGUUGGUGAAGAGAGACAUUGACUUAUUCGGUGUGUUUUCCCAAUCCCAUGAGAAAUUUGUUCACAAGUACCUUCACCAUCAAUGA